GUCAGCAGUGGGGUAUAAAACUGGCCGGCAGCUCCGUUGACAGAUCAGUUCAGAACAAGAGUUCAACCAGAGCGCAAACCAAAACCCACAAACAGCACCAUGAAAUUCGCCGUCGCCGUUAUCUUCACUUUGGCCCUCGCCAUGGGCGUGCAGUCGUCGGUGAUCCCCCUGCUGUCCCAGGUGGCUGGACAUGGACUGUCCUACACCGCCGUUUCCGGACCCGCUGUGGUGGCCUCUCCCUGGGCCGUUCCCGCCGCCCACUGGCCCGCCGCCGUGAACGUGGCCUCGUGGCCUCCGGCAGCGAUCCAUGCCGCCGCUCCUGCCGUGGUUGCUGCCGCCGCUCCCGCUGUGGUUGCCGCUCAUGCUCCCUCCGUCGUCGUGGCCCCAGUGGCCCACAGUGGCGUCUACACUGCCCAGACCCGCGGUGCCAUCCACACCGCUCCUCUGGCCGGACACAUCCAGUCGGUGGCCUCCAUCAAUGCCGCCCCCGCUCCCGGAACCUUGUAAGAAGGAUACUACCUUGAAUGCCCUUGCCGAUCCGACCAUUGCCUCUACCACGGAAACUGCCAUUGAUGGGCAAGCCCCGCUAUCGAACUGGGGUACCCCACAACACUGUUUUGUAAAUACAUUGUAUAUAUAGACAUAUAUAGACAGGGUACUCGCACCUAGCACCUGAACAGGAUCCUUUCAUACCUGUCCCAAAAACGGAGUCAUCAAAAUUCCCUUUCGACCCAAGCACUCGGCCACGUUUGUGGCUGCCUCUUUCUCUCUCGCUUACCUAUUUAUUUAGCAUACAUUUUCCAAGCAUUCCUGUGAAAAAGCCCCUCGAGUUUUCCUUCGAACGGAAUGCCGAGUGCAUUCUGGAAGGAAAUGCUUGUACAUCUUGCCAAUAAAGAAAAUGUAACUAAA